AUGCAGACGACUCGUACAAAUCUGGCGCGCUCAACGACCGAUCCUGUCCUUGCGCGCUCCAACACCACUCCUCCGUCGCAGCAUGCCUUGUACUCGACCGCUGUCCCGCUGUCUGAGCGCGACAGCAUCUUUGCCACGAGCUACCAGGGCGACACUCCCGUAACUUCUCCCCAGCAGCCACGCAAGGAUCNNCCCCCCCAGGAGAGGGCUGGCUUGAUAUCGCAGGCUCUCCAACGCCGUCAAUUGCAACAAGGCCCGCUGAUCCAGGACGUUGCCCAUCUCAACGACCACCUGCAACACGCCCGACACGCCCUGCCCACACCCAUACACGACCAAGAACAAAACUUGGAUCCCCGUCAGAGCUCGCUGGACCUCGACCUCGACCUCGACCACGACGCUGCCAUGUCGGCUUCGUCGCUCUCGCCCAUGCGGACCACCAUGACCGACCUGUCCAUGGUUUUCCACACGCUUCCGCACACCGACCUGAAUCGUUUUCCUUACCCGCUCCUGUCCAAAUCCAACCGACAAUCGCUCUACGACCCCCGCCUCCCAGCAACCAUCGAACGCCCCGUCACGCCCACUGGAUCCGACAAGCCCAAUCCACCCGAAGGCACACACGUCGAAGAUCUGCAAUCCAGUGCUCACCGUUCGUCCUACAGAGCCUGGCGUCAAGGCCAAGGCCGCAUGGCUGGAAAAUCUAUCGCCGAAUCGCAGGGCAGGAACCUCAAUUCGGAAGAAAACGACGUCGAUCGUAAGAUUGAUGCCAAAAUGCUCAAGAUAGACCAGGGCCUCAACGUCCGCAGCAGGAAGACCAGUCACUAUCUCGGUUUGUUCAAGGAUCAUGACUCUGAACACGAAAAGCGCCGCGACAAGAAAGACAAGGAAAAGCACAUUGAGGAGCCGCCGGAGAAGCACCACCAAGUGCCAUCCACUAUUAAUGAACUUCACGACCACGACACCACCGAAACGCCCCCCUCGAUCAUUGUUAACGACAACCUGCCCAUAGAGUCAGCAGCCGACAUCGGAAGUCAAGAUACUGCCAGCACACCUGUACUCACACCAAGCACCUUCGAGGCAGAGGCUGAGCAGAAGCCGCUGACCACUGACAAUGCCGAAGGUCGCGUUGCACAUCAGAUCCCGCCUAGCCUGCUUGAGGAAAUUCGCAACCACCACAUUAUCCUAGGUCCCUCCAGCAGCAAAGCCCCGUCCGACUACACUCCUGUGUCUGAGUCGUUUGAANAAGAAGAGGCUUCUCAUGUGUCGCUCUUGACACGGCAGGCACGACUGCUUCAGCAAGAAGUAGCAAAGCAAGUAGAUGAUGAAGAGUCAGAUCAGGAACAGAUUUCUUCUGCUCAGUACAUUCCCCAUCGUGGCAAGUCUACACGUACUGCUGCACUGCCCUUGUCUGCUUCUUCUACCCAAGAUGAGGAAAAAGAGGUUGUAGCUUCGCCGCCUCUGCUUGAGCAGCGUGUUCAUCCCCCUAUAAAGGAUUCUCUGGAGGCUGGCACCGAUGGUCCGCAGAGUAACGUUGAGAUUGCGUUGCUGUCAGAAGACGAGAGUCAAGUACUGCAUGGUGAAAUUCCACUCUCUGACAACCGUCAUUCCAAUGUGAUUCCUGCCGUUCAACCCUCAGAAUCCGAUUAUGACACCGAAUCUUCGGCUUGCUCUCACGAGCAAGAGGACGAAGAAGACUUUACUCUAACUCCCACUAAUAAGAGCACCCUGCACAAGCGUCCCUUACCACAUCGACAACCUUCCGAAACUCAGACACAGCCUCCGCCCCUUGGUGCAGUUGAGUUGAAACCCUACAACCAUCAAGUGGGAGGCCACAGCACUGUUUACAGUUUCUCUCGCCAGGCUGUUUGCAAGCAAUUGAACAGUAAAGAAAACGAGUUUUACGAGACUGUCGAACAAUACCAUCCGGAUCUACUUGACUUUCUCCCUAGGUACAUUGGCGUCCUCAACGUCACUUACAAGAAACCAAACAAGAAGAAAAAGGACAACCUCGACAAAUCGAAAUCCCCUGACAUACAGCCUCAGGAAUUGCAGUCUCCCACAAAGGGUUCAACUAUGCCCGAGGAGAAAAAAGAGGACGCACCUCGUAUCGUCAGCCACUCCCAGUCGCAAUCCAAUGCCGUGCCGGAGGUCAGUCUGAUCAACAACCAGCAUAUACUGCCAGAUUUCUUGAAGCGCACUUUGCCUCAACGUCCCGCAACUGCCAUACCUGCCCAUAUCAGCCAACCCAGCCGACAAACUCGUCCUCACUCUAUCAGCGAGAUGAUGAGCGACCGACGCCCCUCCUUCUCCCCCGAGACGAGCUAUAGUCACCACGAUCGUCCACCUUUGCGUCAGCAGGCCAGUUGGGGCGCAACUAGUGUCAACCAAGAUCUGAAGCUGCAGGUGUUCCGUGAUGUGUUUUCGCCUCCUGUUAUACAUCGCCACGAUCGACGGACCAGAAAUCAUCUCGGCCGAAACAUCAGAAGAAUCCAACAACGCGAGUCCAUGCCUUCACUACCAGAUGUUAACGUUGCGAGCAACCCCCAAGCCAUGAGCUUACAAGAACGUCGCAAUAGUGCCGAUGUAUCGGCCAUGCAAUCACCCUCUUCGCCUGCCGAUGCCACACGCAGACUGGCGAUUAAGAAUCAUCGAGAACUCAAAUCGCCGCACAAUAGCGUGCAGUCGCUUGAAAACUAUAUGAUCAGCCCACGCAAAGAAGAGCCUAUGAGCUGUGAAAGUAGAAGUAUGGAGAAUACAGAAGCAGACAAUCCUCUGCUACAGGCCUUCAAGACGCCCAGACGUCGUCACUCUGGAAGUGGUCUGCGUAGGAAGAAGGCCGAUAUCGAUGCGUCUCGUGGAGACCUUGAGUAUCACGAGGACGAGGGAUAUCGCGGCGAUGGCGAGGACGUCUUCGCAAUGGAUGACCUUGAGGGAUCUCCGACCAAGGCAAGAGAGUCCACCGUUGUACCUGAUGUUCUCCAAAGCGCUCCUGACUUCAAAGUCAACCCAACGUCCAGUGCUCCUGUUCUGGGUCAAUCGAUCAACUUGGGAGAUUCACCACAUAAUCCUGACCAAGGCGUCGAAGAUCCUGGACGUAUCGCACACUUCAUCCUGUUGGAAGAUCUCACGGCUGGCAUGGUACAUCCAUGCGUACUGGAUCUCAAAAUGGGCACCCGCCAGUAUGGUAUCUUUGCUAACGAGAAGAAACAAAAGUCCCAAGGGCGCAAAUGCAAAAUGACCACUUCGCGCGAGCUGGGCGUUCGUGUGUGUGGUAUGCAAGUCUGGAAUGUCAAGACUCAAUCUAACAUCUUCGAAGACAAGUACUUUGGCCGAGAUCUUAAAGCAGGCAGUGAGUUCCAAGCCGCGCUGACACGCUUCUUCUUUGAUGGAAUCAGUCAUGGUAGAGCACUCAAACAUAUUCCUGUUGUUCUUGAGAAGAUCACUCAACUCGAGCGCAUCGUUCGCAAGCUGCCUGGAUACCGUCUGUAUGCAAGCUCGCUACUCAUGAUCUAUGAUCGCGGCGACGUCGACGAACAGGGCAAGCCCCGCCAAGCCACAUCGCAUCGAAAUGAUAGUGAAAACGGAGCUGGAUCGCCCAGUUCGAAGAGUCAGAUCUUGCUCAAGAUCGUCGACUUUGCCAACUGCGUAACAGCCGAAGAUAUCGAGACCAAAGCUUCUGCCACUUGUCCGCCCCACAAUCCUGACGGUGUAGAUAGAGGAUAUCUACGUGGACUGCGCUCACUGCGACUGUACUUCCAGCGUAUCUAUGAAGAGUUGAGUGCCGAGAGGGGUGGCUAUGUUGAGAGAGGCGAAGGCGAGGGCAUGGCUACUCAAUCCAACGGUGGUGCCGGGAUCGGCGGAGGCGCUGGCCUGGAUGCACAUAGCAGCUGGGCCUGGAGCGAUGCGUUGGUUGAGGAGGAUCCAGGUGAGGUCAGUGUAUGA